GAUGUCCAGACGGUUGUCUGAAGCGUCACGUGCGCUUUGCUUCUUUUAUGGUGAUGUGACUAGGAUUCGUUGAUCGAGUCGAAAUAUUCAAGAGAAAGUAAAGAAUUCAAUGUGCAAGUUUGAUUUUGAGACAGCUAUAAAGAGAAAUGAAACACGCAGAAAACAGCACUACUUAUAAGGAGACGUCCGAUCAGCAGGGCAUCUCUAGCAGCACGGCAGCAUCAAACGAGGAGACCUGGAUAGACAUUACUGAAACUUUUACAAGCUCUGCCCAAGAAUUGGGUGUUGGAGAGCUGGUACACGGAAAGAAGUUUGGCUUGGAAUGUGCAAUGAAUGCAAUGGAGAUCAUGGAUCCCAAAAUGGAUCCAAAUUGUGAGAGCAAACGAGCUCAGCGGCAGAUUCGUUCUUUUCAACAACUUCUUGAUGCUGGAUUAAUCAAGGUAAAAGAUUUCUCUUCCGAGGAAUUGCUUGGGAUAAUGGAUGAGUUGUUAGCUUGUUUGGCUACUUGGCUAGAAGGACAAUGUUUGGCACAGACUGUAUUUACAUGCGUGUACACCCAUGAUGUUACUGCAAUAGAAGAUCGUGUGUUAAAGGCGUUUUGUGUUGGAAUUAUCAAGAUGUGUGGUUUUCUUCGAGAUGUGAUAUUCAGAGGAGGUGUUCAUGAAGAUGAAGAUCAACAAACUAUGACUUUUGGGUUUAAUUUACUUGGGAAGGAUGUAACUGACCAGAAAGCAGCAAGCAUGAUGAAAGAAGCAGAAGAUGUUAUUAGCAAGUCAAUUAGAGUGCUGAAUGCGUCUGUGAAAAAAGGAGCCGGAGGUGAUUCACAAGUAGACAUUACUGAUUUCAAUUAUCUGCUGAGAUGCAGUAAUGCUGUGCUGAGCAGAAUUCGGUUUUGCAAGGCAUUUCUUAUUAUGUGUGUUAACUUGGAUAAACUACAGUGCAGUGGUCUGGACGUUGCACGAGAGCAAACAGCUACAGCACUCAAGUUGCUUCCUGAGCUACGACAGACAAUCAAAUUAGGAAUAAAAAGAGAGGGAGAAGGAGUCAAUGCCCUCAUGUUAGGAUUUGAGCCUCUCAUUAAUCAGCGACUAUUGCCAGCUUCACCUCGGCCACCUGCAGUAAUGACAAGAGAGCAGGCUUCUGACUAUCUCAAUCAGUCACUUUGUGAAAUGCAGCAGGUGUACACCAUUGCAGAUCUUACGUCAUUAUCUGCUAUUCAGGGAUCAUGCAGUCGAUUUUCAUGGCAACUACCAUUUCCUACUCUCAUGUCUCGCUCAUACCUAAUUUGUUUGUUUUGGGAGCGAGAGAAAGUAUUUGGAAAGUUCAAUGUUGAUGAUCUUAUCAGAGAAGCAGUACAGAUGUUUACCAGUCCUCCAUCUCUUUGUCCAAAGAGUAAGCUUGCAGCAUCUCAGUCUGUGAAAGAAAUAUCAGAUGAAUUUGUGUUUGGUUGUGCACAGCCAAUGCUUGACUUGUUUCAAGCUCAAUUUUAUCAUCGAUCAAAACAUCGACAGAAAUACUCCAAUGUAUUCAAGAAGUUAGCAACUGUUCAGGGAGAUGCUGGAAAGCUUGACAAUGUGCUUCACAAUGUUUAUAAGUCAGGAGAACCAGAAUUCAAUCAUAUCAACUGCUUCUCUGCUUGGCUUCUGCACAUUAUUUUGCACAGUCUGUUGGAGUAUGUGAUGUUAGGUCUAGAAAAUGAGCUUUAUGCUACACAUGAAUUGCAUUACGUCUUUGUCUACGUCGAGUAUUUGCUUGGUUGGCUUGGAGCUUGUCUCGUGCAGUCAGAUAAAAUACGUCAGCAGACUGAUGCUCAAGUUGCCAAACAGCAAAGUAAAGCUAAAGGAAAGAAAAAGAAGGAGCAGAAGAAAAAAGCAUCAGAGAUUGCAGCCAGAGGCCGAGGAAGAGAGCACGAACUUUUGUUUGUUCAGGCUCAGCAGUGUCUUGUAAGAGGUCUUUUGAAGAUAAUUGAAGGUUUAUGGUCAGAAGGACAUUUGGCUCAACCAAGUUUUGAGUUUGGAAGUGAGAAGAGUCGUUAUGAACAUCGCUUUAAAGCUCUCACAGUGUUUGAAACUCCUGGUCCUUUACCUUAUGAACAAUAUCGCUCACAAAUUUUGUCAAUUUCAGAAAGCUCACCACUGUACGAAGAAGCCAUGCAGCAGUUUAACAAAUCAAGGCAAAUCUUGGAAAAUGCUCCUGUAUCUGAUGAGCAGCAGGUAGUGCUAAAAGUAGUGAAGACAAACCUUGUGGUAGCUAGGUUAUUAGCAAGUGGUCACAAGAAAAAUCAAAAGACAGAAGUAUCAUUCGACUUCUCUACACAUCGAUAUUAUCCAAUUGUUCGAGUCUCAUGAAUAUCAGUUGCGUUGAUGUCAUCUUGCAGUGAAUAAGCACAUACUUGUGUAGAUAGGAGCUUUUAUGUUUAGAGGUGAGCUGAUGUGAUACUGUACCUGCAUGUGUUGCUUGUCACUGCUGAUAGGAGUGUCGCUAUGGAGAAUCUAUUGCAUUUCAAUAACGACAGUGAGGUGAUUACAAGCAUGAUGUAUAUGCUGUAUUGGUUUCUGUAAGUACAUAGAUUCAGUUCAGUUUCUCUCUACUCUUGCAUUUUACUAUCAUUGCAAGCAGAAUAUAUAGGAACACUGUGGUCUGACUCAUCUCCACUCAAUUAGACAAUAAAAUUCACUGUACUUCAAACUAUUCACGGUACUUCAAACUAGUAGAAAUACAACGCUCGUUAAAAAUGUAUCACAAUAAUAUUAUAAUUGCACUGUUGACACGUGCAGUGGCAUCAAUGCUUAGAAUAUGUCAAUUGCAAAUAAAAUCUA